AUGAUUGAACCGUUACUCUUUCUAUGGUUAUUUUUUAUAUGUUACGUUGAAUGCAUUCCGUUGACGGUGUUCAGCGGAUGGAAUCCGGCGGCCGGUAUAUGUCAAGCUGCUCUCAAUGAAGCGAAUGCAAAUGGACAAUGUGAUUUAGAAAAUAUUGAAUUGCUUUCGAAAGAAAGCUGCACUGAUUCGGGACCUAUAAGAACUUAUUUAAUUGAAAUGAUCGGAAUUAAGAACCAAUCAAAGGAUAUUGGAAUAGUCGGGCCUUCGUGUACUUUUCCCGCCUACACAUUUGUAGCCUAUUCAAAAAUAAUUUGGCAUGUCCCCGUUGUUACAACAGUUGACAUAGACCAUACGAUGCUUAAACCAGAUGCCAGAACAAUUGUAAAUGUUGGAAUGUUUUCGGCCGCCGGUGCAGCAAAAGCCAUCAAAACUUUGAUGGAUGAAUUAAAAGAAGAUAACAUUUCAUUAAUUGGAGGCAAAUCCAAAGGAAUAGCAUAUAUUUUAAAAAACUACAUUAAGCAAACUCAAAUAAUCACGAUUCGAGAAUCCGUUGAACUCGACAAUGAAAAUGUUGAUGCAUUAGCAGAAAUGGAUAAAAUAAAAGCAAGUGGUUCACGAAUGAUCGUGGUUUGCAGCGAUUUUGAAGACUUUUACGAUGGCAUUUAUAAGUUAGACAUGGACGAUCUUGUAAAACGGAACUUUAUUGUUGUCAUAUUGGCAAAUGAGCAUCCCGAAACUUUUAUAGUUGAAAACAAUCUUAUCAAUGCUUUAGCAUUCUUUCAAGUCUUCAUUAGAGUGAACAAAAUUAAUAGCCCAUUCUGGACGAAAGAGAGACCUCCGAUAGAUACGGAAUGCCUUUUAAGCACAGACUGUGACUCAAUUUUAGUACAAGUAAUCAUAGGAGUAUUUGUAUUACUAUGUGGAGUUUCUGGAUGUUUUAUUUACUACUACUAUCAAAGAAGACGAACCCAACUUUACUUGAUGUCUUGGAAAAUUCCACGUGAAAAUUUAAAAGUCAUUGUUAACAAAAACGCAAAUGCGAAAAUGCAAAAAGAGCUGGAAAAUAAAAAAAAUCAGACUGAAGCUGAAAGGGUUGCUAGUAAAGAAGCAAUGCUAGCCAAACGUCGAGUUUUCGGAUCCUACGGUGUGAUGGGAUCGACAAGGGCUGAAUUGAUGAAAUUCAAGCAGAACAAGAAUGUCUCGUUUAAUAAAAAGCAGACAGCCGAUCUUCUUGAACUUCAAUAUUUACAACAUGAAAACAUGUCUAAAUUUUUGGGAAUUGCUUGCAACGAACCGGACAAUCAAUUAUUGUGUGCGUACACAUUAAUAGAAAGAGCUACACUUGAAGAAAUUUGUCUUGAUCAUGAUUAUACAUUAGAUCAUAUGUUCAAAUCAGCAUUUUUUGGCGAUCUUGUUCGAGGAUUAAGUUAUCUUCAUAAAUCCAAAAUUGGAUACCAUGGUUUUCUAAACACUUCAAAUUGCAUGGUCGAUGUGAAUUGGGUGUUGAAAUUGAGCAAUUUCGGAAUAUCAAAUAUUAUGGCGGAUUUAUUGGAUAAGAACAUAAUAAAAGGAGAGACGGUUCCGCCAUUAGUAUCAUAUUCUCAAUAUAUUUGGUUUGCUCCGGAACAUAUGAAAGAGUACGACGAGAGCGGAAAGAAACCACCGCGAUUAUUAAGAGGAAGUAUGGAAGGUGACAUGUAUUCAUUUGGAUUGGUUAUUUGGCAAAUGAUAUUUCGUACUGAUCCAUUUUUAUCUGGAUCGCCGGUAGAACGUCCCACGCAAUCUCUUGUGAAAGAUAUUAUACAUAAUGACUUAAAACCUGAUCUCACACCAAAUGGAGAGGAGAAUGCUUUAAUCCGAAAAAUUGAAGAAUGUCUUAGUCGCGAUAUAAACCAAAGACCAUCGCUGCGUGGAAUUCAGGAAGCGGUUUAUAAAUGCUAUCCAUCCGCAUCAGGAAAUUUGAUAGAUCAAAUGCUUCAUCUCAAUAUGAAGAACGCUGCAAUCCUAGAAAGAAUAGUUAAAGAAAGACAAGCAAUGGUAGAAGAAGCAAAAGGCCAAACAAUGCGAUUGCUUAAUGAAAUGCUACCAGCUUCCAUUGCUAAAAUACUCACGAAUGGCGGACAAGUACCACCAAGAAGUUAUGAUAGUGCAACAGUAAUGUUUGUUCAAAUUUGCGAUUUUCCAGUACUGAUGCAUCAAAGCAAUCCUGACCAAAUUGUCUUCUUCCUUAAUGACGUGUUUGACACCUUCGACACCAUUAUUAAAGGGUUUGAUGCAUAUAAAGUGGAAACCACUGGUGAAACCUAUAUGGUAGCUUCUGGUGUGCCUACUGAAAACGAUGGAGCUCAUAUUUAUGAGAUCGCAGAAAUUAGUUUGAUGAUUCGGGAAAGUGCUUUGAAAUACACUGUGAAGCAUUUGAAGAAUUUUAAAUUACGCCUGAAAAUUGGUUUCCACGCCGGUCCUAUUGCAGCAGGUGUGAUUGGAAUAAGAUCACCGAGAUAUUGCUUAUUUGGGGAUACUGUUAAUUUUGCUUCUCGAAUGCAGUCAAAUUGUCCACCAAAUCAAAUUCAAACCUCCGAGCAAACUGCAAGGCUGCUCUUUGACCGAGCUGAAUAUCAACUUGUCAAACGUGGAAUUGUUCAUGUCAAAGGAAAAGGCGAGGUCAAUUGCUAUUGGUUGAACGAGCAUUUGCAUCACGAGGACGAUCUCACACCAAAUGUGGUUCGACCAAUAACAAAAUCCGGAAAACAAGAAACAAUGCCGGAAAGCCAAAAAAGAGUCUGA